GCCCGCCCCAGCGCCCCUCUGUCCCCUGGGCCGCCGGGGGCGCAGCUCGGAGCGCACGAAGCCCAGCGCCCGGGGAGGCCCGGGGUGCACCGCAACACAGCGCAGAGCCCCGGAGAAGUGGGGGUGCCCCCCCGAGAUCGCGGGCCGCAGUGACCAGGAGGCCGGCGCCGCCGCCUCCUCCACCACCUCCUCCUCCUCCUCUGGGCCUCACGGCCGUUGUCUGGGGAGUCCGUAGAGGCCGCGCGGUCUCCAGGGCCCUUCCCCGCGUGGGGAGCUUGCAGGGGCAGAGAAGGACGCGGGGCCGCCCCACCCCAGCCCCUCGCGAGUGGUCGCUCCGGAGCAUGACCCCUAAGGGCCGCUGCCGAGCGCUCUGAUCUUUGGGGACCCCGCGCUCCCGCAGCCAUGGGCGCUGGGGGUCGGCGGGGGGCGGCGGCCACGCCGCUGCUGGCUGCUGUGGCCGCUCUGCUGCUGGGCGCCGCGGGCCACCUGUACCCUGGAGAGGUGUGCCCCAGCAUGGACAUCCGGAACAACCUCACCAGGUUGCACGAGCUGGACAAUUGCUCCAUCAUUGAGGGCCACCUGCAGAUCCUGCUCAUGUUCAAGACGAGGCCCGAAGACUUCCGGGAUCUCAGCUUCCCCAAGCUUAUCAUGAUCACCGACUACUUGUUGCUCUUUCGGGUCUACGGGCUGGAGAGCCUCCGAGACCUGUUCCCCAACCUCACGGUCAUCCGCGGCUCCCGGCUCUUUUUCAACUACGCGCUGGUCAUCUUCGAGAUGGUGCAUCUCAAAGACGUGGGGCUGCCCAGCCUCAUGAAUAUCACGCGGGGUGCCGUGCGCAUCGAGAAAAACAACGAACUCUGCUACCUGUCCACCAUCGACUGGUCCCGCAUCCUGGACUCGGUGGAGGAUAACUACAUCAUGCUUAACAAGGAUGACAAAGAGGAAUGUGGGGACAUUUGUCCCGGCACUGCCAAGGGCAAGACCAACUGCCCUGCCACUGUCAUCAACGGACAGUUUGUCGAGCGUUGCUGGACGCACAGCCACUGCCAGAAAGUGUGCCCCACCGCCUGCAAGUCGCACGGCUGUACCGCCGAGGGCCUCUGCUGUCACAGCGAAUGCCUGGGCAACUGCUCCGAGCCCGACGACCCCACCAAGUGUACCGUGUGUCGUAACUUCUACCUGGAAGGCCGCUGCGUGGACACCUGCCCGCCGCCCUAUUACAGCUUCCAGGACUGGCGUUGUGUGACCUUCAGCUUCUGCCAGGAGCUGCACAACAGGUGCAGGAACUCGCGGAGGCAAGGCUGCCACCAGUACGUCAUCCACAACAACAGGUGCCUCCCCGAGUGCCCCUCGGGGUACACCAUGAACGCCAGCAACUUGAUGUGCACGCCGUGCCUGGGUCCCUGUCCCAAGGUGUGCCACCUGCUGGAAGGCGAGAAGACCAUCGACUCGGUGACAUCCGCCCAGGAGCUCCGCGGCUGCACCGUCAUCAACGGCAGUCUGAUUAUCAACAUCCGGGGUGGCAACAACCUGGCGGCUGAGCUAGAGGCCAACCUGGGCCUCAUUGAAGAGAUUUCGGGAUAUCUGAAAAUCCGCCGCUCCUACGCUUUGGUGUCGCUCGCCUUCUUCCGGAAGUUACGUCUGAUUCGCGGGGAGACCCUGGAAAUCGGAAACUACUCUUUCUAUGCCCUGGACAACCAGAACCUGAGACAGCUGUGGGACUGGAGCAAACACAACCUCACCAUCUCCCGGGGCAAGCUUUUCUUCCAUUACAACCCCAAGCUGUGCCUGUCGGAGAUCCACAGGAUGGAGGAAGUGUCUGGUACCAAGGGGCGCCAGGACAAGAAUGACAUCGCCCUGAAAACCAAUGGGGACCAGGCUUCCUGUGAAAACGAGUUACUUAAAUUUUCUUCCAUCCGGACAAGCUUUGACAAGAUCCUGCUGAGGUGGGAGCCGUACUGGCCCCCCGACUUCCGAGACCUGCUGGGGUUCAUGCUGUUUUACAAAGAGACCCCCUACCAGAACGUGACGGAGUUCGACGGGCAGGACGCGUGUGGCUCCAACAGCUGGACCGUCGUGGACAUUGAGCCACCCCUGAGAUCCAACGACCCCAAGUCGCAGAUCCAUCCGGGCUUUCUGAUGCGUGGCCUCAAGCCCUGGACCCAGUAUGCCAUCUUCGUGAAGACCCUUGUCACUUUCUCUGAUGAGCGCCGGACGUACGGGGCCAAGAGUGACAUCAUCUAUGUGCAGACAGACGCCACCAAUCCGUCCGUCCCCCUGGACCCCAUCUCCGUUUCCAAUUCCUCGUCCCAGAUCCUAUUGAAGUGGAAGCCGCCCUCGGAUCCCAAUGGCAACAUCACGCACUACCUGGUUUACUGGGAAGAGCAGCAGGAGGAUCAGGAACUAUUUGAGCUAGAUUAUUGCCUCAAGGGGCUGAAACUGCCCUCGCGUACGUGGUUGCCGCAGUCUGAGUCCGAGCACGCGCAGAAACACAACCAGAGUGAGGCCGAGGACGCGUCGGGCGAGUGCUGUUCCUGCCCCAAGACCGACUCGCAGAUCCUCAAGGAGCUGGAGGAGUCGUCCUUCCGCAAGACCUUCGAGGACUACCUGCACAACGUGGUGUUCGUGCCCAGGCCGUCAAGGAAGCGCAGGUCUCUUGGCGAUGGGGACAGCAACGUGACAAUGGUGGCCGUGCCCACGCUCCCGGAAUUCGACAAUACCACGUCCACCGACAUGCCCGAGACCCCAGAGGUGCUCAGACCCUUCGAGAAGGUUAUCAACAAGGAAUCGCUGGUCAUCUCCGGCCUGCGCCACUUCACCGGCUACCGCAUCGAGCUGCAGGCCUGUAACCAGGACGCGCCGGAGGAGCGGUGCAGCGUGGCCGCGUACGUCAGCGCGCGGACCAUGCCGGAAGCCAAGGCUGACGACAUCAUCGGUCCCGUGACCCACGAGAUCUUCGAGAACAAUGUGGUUCACCUGACGUGGCGAGAGCCCAAGGAGCCCAACGGGCUGAUCGUGCUGUAUGAAGUCAGCUAUCGGCGCUAUGGCGAUGAGGAGCUACACCUCUGCGUCUCCCGCAAGCACUUUGCUCAGGAGCGGGGCUGCAGGCUGCGGGGUCUGUCCCCGGGGAACUACAGCGUCCGGGUGCGGGCCACCUCCCUGGCGGGCAACGGCUCCUGGACCGAAGCCACCUACUUUUAUGUGGCAGACUACCUAGAUGUCCCAACGAAUAUUGCCAAAAUUAUCAUCGGCCCCCUCAUCUUUGUCUUUCUCUUCAGCGUCGUGAUCGGAAGUAUUUACCUGUUCCUGAGGAAGAGGCACCCAGACGGACCCAUGGGGCCGCUGUACGCCUCUUCAAACCCCGAGUACCUCAGCGCCAGCGAUGUGUUUCCGUGUUCUGUGUACGUUCCGGAUGAGUGGGAGGUGCCGCGAGAGAAGAUCACCCUUCUGCGGGAGCUGGGCCAGGGCUCCUUCGGCAUGGUGUAUGAAGGCAACGCCAAGGACAUCAUCAAGGGCGAGGCGGAGACCCGCGUGGCCGUGAAGACCGUCAACGAGGCGGCCAGCCUGCGGGAACGCAUCGAGUUCCUCAAUGAGGCCUCUGUCAUGAAGGGUUUCACCUGUCACCACGUGGUGCGCCUCCUGGGUGUGGUAUCCAAGGGCCAACCCACGCUGGUGAUAAUGGAGUUGAUGACCCAUGGAGACCUCAAGAGUUACCUCCGUUCCCUGCGACCCGAGGCUGAGAACAACCCCGGCCGCCCUCCCCCGACCCUGCAAGAGAUGAUUCAGAUGUCGGCCGAGAUCGCGGAUGGCAUGGCCUACCUCAAUGCCAAGAAGUUCGUGCACCGGGACCUGGCAGCUCGGAACUGCAUGGUGGCCCACGACUUCACUGUCAAGAUCGGAGAUUUUGGAAUGACUAGAGAUAUUUACGAAACGGACUACUACCGGAAAGGGGGCAAGGGCUUGCUGCCCGUGCGCUGGAUGGCGCCCGAGUCCCUCAAGGACGGAGUCUUCACCACCUUCUCUGACAUGUGGUCCUUCGGCGUGGUCCUCUGGGAGAUCGCCAGCCUCGCAGAGCAGCCCUACCAAGGUCUGUCCAAUGAGCAGGUGCUCAAGUUCGUCAUGGAUGGCGGACACCUGGAGCAACCCGAGAACUGCCCGGAGAGACUCAACGACCUGAUGAGGCUGUGCUGGCAGCUGAACCCCAAGAUGCGUCCCACCUUCCUGGAGGUUGUGAGUCUGCUGCAGGAUGACCUGCACCCCAGCUUCCCGGAGGUCUCCUUCUUCCACAGCGAUGAGAACAAGGCCCCGGAGAGCGAGGAGCUGGAGCUGGAGUUUGAGGACAUGGAGAGUGUCCCGCUGGACCGCUCUUCGCACAGUCAGAGGGAGGAGGCCGCUGGCCGGGAAGGGGGGUCCUCCCUGGCCGUCAAGCGCAGCUACGAAGACCACAUCCCUUACACCCACAUGAACGGGGGCAAGAAGAACGGGCGGAUUCUCAGCCUGCCCCGCUCCAAUCCCUCCUAACACCGGGCCUGCCUGGGAAAGGCUCCAGCCGCGCCCUGCUCGGGUACCUGCACCCCAGUGCAACUCAGGAUCUUUCUCACAAGCCCCGAGAGGCUGUCCCCCCCAUCGAUUCUGCCCUCCGCCUGUCAGCCUUUGAACUUGAGACACCCUGGUGCAAUUGCCAAUGUGACCGGGGCCGUGGGUCGGAGAGCAGCCAGGAAGCCGGAGCCCAGAAGGAGAGGGCGAAGGGGUUCCCGCUGCCACCACGGCUCCAGAAAAGCUUCUUUUUUUUUUUUUUCUGGAUGGAAAGAAAGCGCCUGUUUUUACAAAGAUUUUUUUUUUUUUUUGUGCUGGUGUGUGUCUGAGCUACAGUCUAAAAUUUGUUCAUUCUUGUUUGUGGAACCAAAGUUGGCAAGGGAGAAAAAAAAAAUAGGACAACGUCACCAACAUCACCUCUCUCUCGUUUCCCUCAGUCCUGUCCCACCCAGGGGGGACAGCCACCCACCCACCACCAAUGGCUUGCUCCAUCACCACCACUCGCCCCCAGGCUGGGUGGGGCGAAGGUGUGACGAGGCUGGCAUGGCCACCUCCUCCCCCUUCUCCAGCGAGAUCAGCCGCUCAAGCUGCUCCUUCCCCUGCUGGAAGCCUGGUCCUUUGGCGGAGGCCUCGCCUCCUUGGGGGUCUAGCCUCAUCAAGCGGGCACCCUGGCCUUGUCCGGCCUCCUCCU